AUGCCUGUGAGGACAAACCUCAGCUUCUCGGGUCGCGCGCCUGAGCCGGGCCUGGGUCGCCAGCGCCCGCAGCAGAGGAGCCAGGGUGUCUCGCACCUUGACCCCGGGGGCGGGUGUCCCCAGGCGGCGCGUGACUCCGCCCCGGCCCGCCCCGCCUCGCCUGCGCCGCAGACACACGCCCCAGUCCUUCAGUCCUCCGUGCGCGUCGGGCCCGAGCCCACAGAGCCCAUGGAACUCACGGAGCCCAUGGAACCGGCGCGGAGCGCGCCCCGUGGGGGCGAGGCGCUGCUGCGGGAGCUGGAGGUGCUGGUGCAGGACGUGGUGAGGACGAGCUCCUGGUGGGAGCGCCACGGCGUGGACUGCGCCAUCCUCGCGCUCAGCCUCCUCGCCUUGCCGGCCGGGUUCCUGUGCCUGCGCUGGGAGAAUGCCCUGGUCUUUGCAUCCGGCAUCACCAUCUUGGGUGUGUGCCACUACACACUCACUGUCAAGGGCAGCCACCUGGCCACUCAUGGGGCCCUCACCGAGUCCAAACGCUGGAGCAAGAUCUGGCUGCUUUUCUUUGUGGAGGUGUGCACAGCCUUCACUGCAGAGCAUGCCACGCAUGGGCACGUCAAGAUGCACCAUGCCUACACCAAUGUGGUGGGCCUGGGGGACUCCAGCACGUGGAGGCUGCCUUGCCUCAACCGCUAUGUCUACAUGUUCCUUGCUCCUUUCCUCCUCCCCAUCGCCACUCCACUGGUGGCUGUCGAGCGGCUGAGGAAGGUGGAGCUCGGGACAGCCCUGCGGACGCUGGCCCUGAUUUCUCUGGGCCUUUAUUCUCACUACUGGCUGCUCCUGAACAUGUCAGGCUUCAAGAACCCCAGCUCAGCCCUGGGCUGCAUGUUCCUCACCAGAUCCCUGUUGGCCCACCCCUACCUCCACGUCAACAUCUUCCAGCACAUCGGACUGCCCAUGUUCUCCUGGGACAACAAGCCCCGUCGGAUUCACAUGAUGAGCCUGGGGGUGCUUAACCUGGCCCGGCUGCCCAUGCUGGACUGGGCGUUCGGCCACUCGAUCAUCAGCUGCCAUGUGGAACACCAUCUAUUCCCCAGGCUCUCUGAUAACAUGUGCCUCAAGGUGAAGCCCGUGGUGUCCCAGUUCCUCCGUGAGAAGCAGCUACCGUACAACGAGGACUCAUACCUGGCUCGCUUCCAGCUGUUUCUCCGUCACUAUGAGGAAUUCAUGGUGCAGGCCCCACCCAUCACUGAGCUUGUGGGGCUGCAAUGAGGCCGGGCCAGUGCAGCCACCCUGCCCCUCCCUGGCCUGGCCCUGGCCCUCCUGCUGCUGCUGGUCCAGGGGGUGUGGCUCAGUGGCUGGUGGUGGACCUGGAAAGUGGAGGCACCGGCCAGGCAAGGGGGCAGGGGAGCUCAGGCCUGGGGUCUGGGGGCCACCUGCCUUGCGUGCUUUUCUGGGUUUUGAGGGGUGUCUGGGGGAAGCGGUAAUGGUGGCUGUGCAUUCUGGUCAGUCUGGACCUCAGCAACUUCAUCUCAGGACUAAAGAGCUGGGUCCUUCCCCCUGCUCCAUCCGAGCCUUGGUAGGGUUAAAGGGAGGUGACAGGGUGAAGAGGGAUCCUGUGCAGGGGCCACCUGGGAGAUAGCAGGGGGCACAGAGAGAGCAGGGUCAGCUCCCUCGGCUGGAACCUCCCUGGCAUUGGGAGAGCCCCACACGGCCUUGGCUAUUGCUUCCUUCAGGCUCUGCCCACCAAGGUGCCCUCUCCCUGGGGACCUCAGGGUGAGCUUGCUUUUGGCAGGCCUUCCUCGAUCCUCAGCCAAAGGAACCUGUGCAAGACACUGGCUCAGCAGUUCCCCAGGCCGCAGUAUCAGCAAGAUAAAAGUGAGUGUGUUUUGUCGGGAGGGAACUCCAGGGGAAGUGAGGGGAGAAGGUUCCCCAGGGACAGAGUUGGGGAAACAGUAUAAAUAGCCAGCCAGGGGCGGUGGCUCAUGCCUGUAAUCCCAGCACUUUGGGAGGCCAAGGCGGGUGGAUCACGAGGUCAGGAGCUCGAGACCACCCUGGCCAACAUGGUGAAACCCUGUCUCUACUAAAAAUACAAAAAAUUAGCUGGAUGUGGUGGCAUACACUUGUAGUCCCAGCUACUUGGGAGGCUGAGGCAGAAGAAUCACUUGAACCCGGGAGGUGGAGGUUGCAGUGAGCCAAGAUUGCACCAUUGCAUUCCAGCCUGGGUGACAGAGCGAGACUCCAUCUCAAAAAAAAAAAAAAAAAGAAUAAGACUCCCGUUCAAAAAAAAAAAAAAAAAAGAAUAAAUAGCUUUGAAUGUGACCUUGGCUAGUUCAAACAGUUUGUUCUGUGAUGUUUAGAAGUGAACCUGGGGAUCAUCCACUGGGAGAGAGAAGAAUUUGUAGGAGGGGGCUGGGGCUGGAGGGGGUACUGGGAACAGGGUCUGGAGGACGGAUGACCUCAGAGAGGAAUGGGAGGAGGGUGGGGUGCAGAUAGAAGAGCCUGAAGUCAGGGCUGGGCAGGGCUGUGGAAGGAUGGUCUGCAGCCUGGGAGUGAGGUGGGAAUAUAAGGAAACUACCAAUGCCAGGCAGAGGAAGAGGCCAAGGUGCUGGGGGACACCACCGAGAUUCAGCCUACAGUGGGUAGUAUUGAGAGAGGGCUGGGAGCUGCCCGGGCUGGGAGCUACCCCAGCUGGGGGCUGGACUGGGAGGGUGCUAGAAAGUGCCCAGCUGGAGGCUGAGGGAGAGACAGAGAAGGAGGCCAGACCCAUUAGUUGAAAACAGGGUCUCUCACCUUGGCACUAUUGACUUUUUUUUUUUAUGGAGAUGGAGUCUCGCUCUGUCGCCCAGGCUGGAGUGCAGUGGCAUGAUCUCAGCUCACUGCAACUUCUGCCUCCCAGGUUCAAGCGAUUCUCCUGCUUCAGCCUCCCGAGUAGCUGGGACUACAGGCGCCUGCCACCAUGCCUGGCUAAUUUUUUGUAUUUUAGUAGAGACGGAGUUUCACCAUGUUGCCCAAGCUGGUCUCGAACUCCUGAGCCCAGGCAAUCCACCCACCUUGGCCUCCCAAAGUGCUAGGAUUACAGGUGUGAGCCACCAUGCCCAGUCACUACUGACAUUUUAUCUGGCCAGUUCUGUGUUGGGGGCUGUCCUGUGCAUUGUUGGAUGUUUAGCAGCGUCACUGGCUUGUACCUACUAGAUGCUGGGAGCUCAAGUUGUGACAAUCAAAAAUGUCUCCAGACAUUGCCGAGUUGACCCAGUUGAGAACAUGCAAGUCAUUCUAUGAGCGUGUAAUUGCCUUGUUUUUCAGUGAAGGCCUUGGAUAGGGUGAAAGGCCUCCUGACCCUGCUGAUAGGGAGACAAACUGCCAGCAAAUGGGAGCCUGGGGGAUGGGCAGAGGGGUGUGGCUACAGGCACAGGCAUUCCCUGAGCCUUGUUCCGUUGGAGAGCCCCUCUGUGGUGUGGCCUCAGGCAGCUGCACAGAGGCCACUGGUUCUUUUAUGUGCACUCCCCAUUCAUCUCCACCACACCUUCCUUUACCAAAGACCGCAGUUCCUUUAGAUACCCUUUUCCAUAGCUACAGACUCUCGCUAGUUCUGAAACAGCUCCCUCCAGGCUUGCGGUGGUAGUGGUUUCCAGCUGUUGCUAGCCUGGGGUGCUUCUCCAUUCCCUUCACCCUGCUCACACCUCUGUAUACAAACUCCUUCAUUAAACUGUCCUCAAUCACGCCUUUUGAGUGUGCCAUCUGUUUCUUGCUAGAAGGCUGAUUGAUAAGAGUGGAGUUUUGGAUCCAGGCAGCCCUCUUGGCACGAGGCAGGCUUGGCAGCUCCCCAGCCACUGCUUUGCUAUAUGUUAUUGCUGCUCCUUGGAAAUGCAUUAGCAGCUUAGAAAUGGCCUUGAGGUCUAGGGGUGUAAUUAAUCAAACUGCUAAUUCUCCAUUUGAGAAAUGCAGUGGCAGAAAAGGCCCCAGUUGCACAGUCCUGGCUCAUGAUUAAAACCAUCCAAAUACAUAACCAAUGACUCAUUGUUAUUAAUCUGGACCUGACUGGGGUAUGGGCAGCAGCUGAAGGCACUGGUGCCAGAUCUGGCUGUAUCAUGGGUAUCAUGGGAACAAGUCACUCGAUUGCUUUGAGGCUCCAUUUUCUGUUUCACUUAGGAUGUGGGCUGGGAAUUUCUGAGGCCUGAGAGGUGAGGGAGAUGACAGGAGUGAAUGAAGUAUAUUCAGAUCUCUGCAGAGACCUAAGAUCUAAUCUAUAGAGACAUAUGGGAGGUCAUAAUACAUAUGGAUGAUGAUAAUAAUAGCUAAUGUUUAUCUAGCAUUUAUGGAAGUUGUCUUGACCUCAUCAUCUGAUUUUAAUGUCUACAACAAAUUGCCACUAUUCAUAUUUCCCCCAAAUGUUACAGACAGUGAAAAAAAGUCCUGGAGAGAUUAAAUUUCUCAAUGUCAUAUAGCUAGUAAGUGGAGGAAGAGGGAUUCAGACCCAAUGUUGUCUGACUCUAGAAUCCAUCCUCCACCACCAGAUAUACUGCCUCUAGAUGGGGAGCCCUACAGAGCUUUUUCGAUUGUAUGAACUUCCAUUAUGUGCUAGCCAGUGUGUGAAGCCCUGGGGAUAUAAGAGCUGAGACUGGGUCCCCAUCCUCAUGGAGCUUAUAGUGUAGUGCAGGGGUGGUCAAACUCUGUAAAGGACCAGACAGUAAAUAUCUGGGGCUUUGCGAACCAUAUGAUCUCUGUUACAACUACUCAAUUGUGCCAUCAAAGCACAAAUAUAGCCAUAGACAAUAUGUAAAGAAGUAAGCAUGGAUGUCUUCCAAUAAAGUUUUAUUCAAACCGAA